AUGAGGCGCGAUCCUGGAUUUUCGAACCGCAACGCUAACCGACCUGAAUCAGGAUACCAGAACAACCACAAUAACGCCCACACCGACUACGAGUCUGACAACGCGUAUCUCUCCGAUAUGCCUCAAAAACCUGCCCCACCCCUCCGCUCUAAUGAAGAGCUCAACCUUCGCGUUCUCCGUACCCACAAUGCUGAGAUAACUGAUGUCAUCUCUCUGGCCAACUACGCCGUCAUCUACGCCUUCAACCCCCACUCAAAGACCUGGGAGAAGACCAACACCGAGGGCACCCUGUUCGUUUGCUCGAUGACUCCGGGUCCACUUGGUGAAGAACGCUUCACUGUUUUCCUUCUGAAUCGUCGCAGUGCUGUUAACUUCCAAUCCCGCCUGACUCACGGUGACAAUGUGGAAUUGACUCCGGAGUAUGUCAUCCUGAAGGAAGUCAGUGAUGAAGAUGCUGAGGAGCGCGUUUGGGGUAUCUGGAUUUACUCUGAGGACGAAACCUCGACCACCAACACUCGCCUUGUGAACGCCAAAGUCAUCAUGGAGUGCGCUAGCCGUGCUGGCAACAGCCUGAAGGAUGCAAAGGAACGCAUCCAGGCUAUGCGCCAGAAUGAACUCCACAUCGCUGCUGCUGCUUCAGAGACUCAGGCCACUCCCAAUGAGAACCUCCAGGGUGGUGUCUCGAUGGGCCGUACCAUGUCACUGAAAGACAUGUUUGGGCAGCAACGUGCGCAGGAUGAUGAGUGGAGUGUUCGUGCGCACCAUGAACAGCUCCAGUUCCAGCCUCACCCCCAGCCUCAAGCCCCGACCCAGCCCGGAUAUGGCUACCACAUGCCUCUGGCACACCAGCAUGCUUCCCAGGCAGGUGCGCCUAACCCCCCAGCUCCGGCCCAGGGAAUGCCCGAUGUCCUCGGCGAUCUCUUCCGUCGCGCGGGACUUCAACCCCAGCAACAGUAA